AUGGCCAUCACCAAGGUUCACGCGCGGUCCGUAUACGACUCUCGUGGUAACCCCACCGUCGAGGUUGACGUCGUUACCGAGACUGGCCUGCACCGAGCUAUCGUUCCCUCCGGAGCUUCUACCGGUCAGCACGAAGCCUGUGAGCUUCGAGAUAAUGACAAGUCCAAGUGGGGCGGCAAGGGCGUUAGCAAGGCUGUUGAGAAUGUUAACACGAUUAUUGGCCCUGCCCUGAUCAAGGAAGGCAUUGAUGUCAAGGACCAGUCGAAGGUCGACUCUUUUCUCAAUGACCUUGAUGGCACUGACAACAAGACUAAGCUCGGCGCCAAUGCCAUCCUUGGUGUCAGUCUGGCUAUUGCCAAGGCUGGUGCUGCUGAGAAGGGUGUUCCCUUGUACGCUCAUAUUUCCGAUCUGGCCGGAACCAAGAAGCCUUAUGUUCUUCCCGUUCCCUUCAUGAACGUUCUCAACGGCGGCUCUCACGCUGGCGGCCGUCUUGCUUUCCAGGAGUUCAUGAUUGUCCCCUCUGAUGCUCCCACUUUCUCCGAGGCCAUGCGCCAGGGUGCUGAGGUAUACCAGAAGCUCAAGUCUCUGGCCAAGAAGAAGUAUGGCCAGUCCGCAGGCAACGUGGGUGAUGAGGGCGGUGUUGCUCCCGAUAUUCAGACCGCUGAUGAGGCCCUUGAGCUCAUCACCGACGCCAUCGAGCAGGCAGGCUAUGCUGGCAAGAUGAAUAUUGCCAUGGAUGUUGCGUCAAGCGAGUUCUACAAGACAGACGCAAAGAAGUAUGACCUUGACUUCAAGAACCCUGAUAGCGACCCAAAGAAGUGGAUCACCUAUGAGGAACUCGCUGCCAUGUACUCAGAUCUCUGCAAGAAGUACCCCAUUGUCAGCAUUGAGGACCCCUUCGCUGAGGAUGAUUGGGAGGCUUGGAGCUAUUUCUACAAGACCCAGGAUAUUCAGAUUGUCGGUGAUGAUCUGACUGUCACCAACCCCCUCCGCAUCAAGAAGGCUAUCGAGCUUAAGGCCUGCAACGCUUUGCUCCUCAAGGUCAACCAGAUUGGUACCCUGACUGAGUCUAUUCAGGCAGCCAAGGACUCCUACGCUGACGGCUGGGGGGUCAUGGUUUCCCAUCGAUCCGGUGAGACAGAAGAUGUCACCAUUGCCGACAUCGUCGUGGGUAUCCGAUCUGGCGAGAUCAAGACUGGUGCCCCAUGCCGCUCUGAGCGUCUGGCUAAACUCAACCAGAUUCUCCGAAUCGAGGAGGAGCUCGGAGAUCAAGCCAUCUAUGCCGGUGCUAACUUCCGCAAGUCGGUUAACCUCUAA